AUGGACAAGGCGAAGGAGAGACUUGCCAUUGAGCAGAGGAUCAAGGAAAUGGCAGAGCGACGCAAAGCAAAGGCAGUAACGUCGAUUGCAAAAGUCUGGCGUGGCUACAAAGUCCGGGUCGAGACGGCACGGAUCAAACAGGCCCGUGCGACCGCCGCGCGACUUCGGGAGCAGCAGCGUUUGGAGGCCAAGGCUUUGAGGAAGCGCGAGGAAAGGAUCGAGCAGCGGCGGCGGGCGGAGGCAGAGAGGCGUCGGCAGGAGGACCUGGCAAAGUCCAUCGCAAGAGAUUUGGAAAGGAAGUGGCAAGACAAGGCCGCCAGAAAGAUUCAGGCAGCACGACGGGGUCAGCUCGAGAGGCGUCAGCAACUGCGUCUCAGAGAACUUGAGAAGAAGAGGAAGGUCGCCGAACGAAACGAAAAGGAUCGAGCUCAGCGAGCCGCCCUGGCAGCUCAGCAGAAGAAGCAAAAAGCAAAGCAAUACAUCCGAGAGAGAGAGAUCCUUCGCAACAAGUGGGAGGAUUUAGAGGAAAAGAGACGCCAACAAAUCAUGGAGAAGAUCCAGGCCGUUGUGCGAGGCUUCAUGACCCGACGCAAAGAGAAGAAAGAGAAACAAAGGCGUCGUGAGGAGCGAGAUGCUGCAAAAAGGGGUCGUGAACUUCGUCGCAAGGAGGAAGAAGAUGCACGCAAGAGGGAGCAGCUUUUGAAGGACCUGGCAUGGAUCAACAAGAAGUUGAAGGAAAUGGAGGAGAAGCGCCGCUACCGUGCUGCCGUCCGCAUCCAGGCAUACAUCCGUGGAACUCUCUGCAGGUUCAGUUUCAGGAAGGAACUCAAGGAGAAGCGAGCCAACGAGGAGGCAGAAAGGAAGCGAAAGAAGGCAAUGUUAGAGGAGGCAAAGAGACAACGAGUUCAGAGGGAGGAAGCCGAGCGCAAGGAAGCUCUGCGAAAAGAGAUCGCUGCCACCAAGAAGAAGCUCGAUGAGAUGAAGAUUAAGCGCCGGAAGGUUGCGGCGACGAAAGUUCAAGCCGUCCGGCGGGGCCAGCUGGCAAGGAGAGAGUACCGUCGAUACAAGGAGGCUAAACGGAAGGAGGAGGAGGAGAAGCAAAGGGAGGACAGAUGGCGCAAGGAUCGCGAAAAGCAGAAGAAGGAGGAAGAUGCCUACUUUGAACGUGUUCGUGAGCAGGAGAAGAUCAGACAGCAGCGGAAGCGCGAAGUCGAGCACGCCCGCAAGCGAUACGAGCGAUUCCAGGAGUACCAGCUGACCAGGGCUGCUCUCAUGAUCCAAGCAGCGCGCCGGCUGCAGCUGGCAAGGCGUAGAGUGUUUGAAGAAAUGAAGAAAAUCAGAGACAAGCUUGAAGCAGAACGGCAGGAGAGAAGACGGCAGAAGGCCAUCGAGAAGGCAAAGAUAGAGCGACGUUUAAAAGCGAUGGAAGAAAAGCGACGCAAUGAUGCUGCCCUGGUGAUUCAGGCACGUCGUCGUCACCAAGUGCAAAAGCGAGCACUCAUCCUGGACAAGCAGCAGAGGGCCAUGGUGAAACGAAACCUUCGAGGAGCAGCCAUGCGGGAGCUUUUUGCCGAAGGAGACGCGCCAGCGGCCGCGGCCACAGCCGCGGGCCCACCACAGGGACCGCCGGGACAGUGUCCGGCAGGUGUCGCCGGUGCAGCAGCCGGAGCGCCCUUCGGAGCGGCUCCGUGUCAGCUUCCCUUGCCCACAGGUCAGGUUCGGCAGGCUGGGCCUCAAAUGGCCACCACUUUUCCACUUGCGCAGUCCUACAGCCCAGCGCAAGCUGACGGCUCCGUACUGUCGGAGUUCGGGGAGAGCUAUUUUCCUGAAUUCGGCCGCAGCCCAGAGCACACGUCCCAGCCAUCCCAGCCACCAGUCGCUUGCGCCUUCGGAGGGCAGGCCCAGGCUGUGCCAGCAAUGACAGGAAACGUGCCAGGGACACCAACCAGCUUUCCACAAAGCACGGGCAUACCGGGCAUGCCGGGCAUGCCGGGCGUUCCGGGCAUGCCCAUGCCAGAGCAGACGCCUCCAGGCUACAGAUCUGGAGCUGUGUCGCAGGCAGAUCCUCGAAGUGCCCAGAUGAGCUUGCAAAGGCAAGCCAUGCUUCGCCGCGCUGCGGAAUUCGCAGCCGCGCAACGCCGUUAG